AUGACAGGUUCAGUACUAUAUUUAUGGGGAAAAGAUAGAGCUAGUGGGAUAUCUGGUGAGAGUAUUGCACUUGAAUGGUAUUUGAAGAGUAAAGCGUUACGGGAGGUAGAAAUUGUGUUUGCAAACAAUACCGAUAUAUCGCCAUUGGGUCGGCUACCUGUUUUGAAAGUGUGUAGCAAUGGGGAUUACAUUCAUGGGUUUUUAAAUAUAGUGGAUUACCUUGAGCCAAAGAGAAAAGACGAAUUCACCGAUAUGGAAAAAUUGAUGGAAUUAUCAGCUAUGAGUAUGUUAGACAGUAAUUUAAAGACUUUGAAUGAAUAUCAGCUUUACUUAGAUAAGAAUAAUUACAUUACGUUUACUAGAAAGGAGUUGUCACAAUUACUGUACUUCCCAUUUAAUUUCAAUGCAGCGUACGAGUACCGCAACAGGGCUAAAGAACAAUGUGUUGAUUUAGAGUACUUACCAGUCGAGGAAAAGGAAGAUGAAGAUGAAGAUGAUGGUCCAGCAGAUUAUGAGCUUGCACAAUCAAAGACUUUUGCAUUAAGAGGUCUACGAAAGAGGCAGAGAGCAGAGGAAUUGAAAAGUGUACGGUUGAACAGAAAUUAUAUGCAUAAGCUUCUUGAGUUUCUCGAUCAAUGGGAUUCUAUUACUGAUGAUCUUCCGAAGACUUCGCCAGUACCAAUACUAUUUUAUUCCUACAUGUAUAUCCAAUUGGUUAUUCUUCCGAACAAUAAUGAAAUCUGUAAGUAUCUGAAGGAAAUGAAAAGCAAUGGUUAUGUUGAUACACUCAAGGAAACAUUCACCAAGUAUAAUGCACUUGAUUUUAAUUUGAAUGUUAGAGAGCCAGUAUUCAGGGAACGUGGUGACUUGAUAAGUACAUUACUAAAUAAAAUUUCUGUAUGA